GAAUCUAUACUUGCCGUUGCCACAAUCAAUCAGCAAUCAAUCAAUUGUACCAGAUGUCUGACAUGCUCAAUGGCCAACGACAUGAUAGGAGUGCACUCAUCCUUUACGGAACGGAGACUGGAAACUCUCAAGAUGUGGCCGAAGAAUUAGGACGCAUUACUGAAAGACUUCAUUUCUUGACAAGGGUGUGUGAGAUGGAUGAGGUUGAUAUUCAAGGUCUAUCAAAGUAUACUUUUGUCAUAUUCGCAUUAUCAACCACAGGACAAGGAGAAUUUCCAAAGAAUGCAAGGAAAUUUUGGAAUAGUCUUUUGAGAAAGCGUUUGCCUCCCAAUUGUUUGAGUCACGUGAACUUCACCACUUUUGGUCUCGGUGAUAGUUCUUAUGCAAAAUUCAAUUUUGCAUCUCGUAAAUUACAUAAACGAUUGGAACAGCUGGGUGGGAAUGAAAUAUAUCCUAGAGGUGAAGCAGAUGAGCAACAUGAUGAAGGUAUUGAUGGAACUUUCCUCUCUUGGUAUAUUGAUCUUAGGAAGAAACUCCUCGAAGCAUAUCCAUUGCCCGAUGGCUUAGAUCCAAUUCCUGAUGAUGUUCUUCUACCCCCAAAAUACUGGCUAGAGUUGGCAAACGAAUCUUCUACAGAUGUUGGGAAAUCAAAUUCAUUGCUUGACAACACAGAUGACGAUGGCCAAACAGAAUCUGAUUUAUUAAAUGGCAACCUUGCUCCUACCAAAGAUUGGGGAGCUUCCAACUUACCUAAAAACUCUACUGAUCCAGAUACACUUGGAGAAGCACAUAUUCAAGCUCACCAAUCUUCCGUCCCAAACACAGCGACAAUGAGAGAUAGAUUUGGCUUGGACUCCGGGAUUAGAUAUGAUCAUGGUUUUGACGCACCAGGACCACCAUCAAAUCGGUUGACCGAUUACCAUACAGAGCAGCCAGAAGAUGACAAUGUAUUGCCACCACCCGCACUUAUAAAAGGGAUGAAGAAGAAUCGUUCACCACUUAUCGUCACAAUGGAAGACAACAAGCGCGUCACUCCUCCAGACCACUGGCAGGAUGUUCGCGAGAUCACCUUCAAGCUUAGAGGCAGAGAUUUCAUGUCAAACCCUGGGGAUACCAUAUCUAUUUAUCCCAAGAACUUUCCUGAAGAUGUCCAAGCCCUCAUUGACUUGAUGGGAUGGAACGAUGUUGCGGAUCUGAAAUUACAUUUUAAGCCAAAAUCACCAGAUUGGUUUGGCGCUCAAAAUUUGAUAAUGCCUCCAGAUGGUCUCAAUCAAAUCAGGGACGAACAAACACUCAGAGAAUUAUUAAUUCAUAAUCUUGAUUUUCAGGCUAUUCCUAAACGUCGUUUCUUCGAGCUUAUUGCCAGUUAUACAGAUGAUCCGACACAUAAAGCACGCCUCCUUGAAUUUCGAAAUCCUCUCUAUACUGAUGAACUUUACGAUUACACAACUCGUCCUCGUCGCAGCAUUCUCGAAUGUCUCCAGGAUUUCCCAAGUGUCAAGCUUCCUUGGAAAGAUGCCAUUACCAUUUUCCCAACGAUUCGAGGUCGCGAAUUCAGUAUCUGUUCAGGCGGAAACUUCCACAACCCCAGCAUAGUUUCGGAUAAAGAUUCCCAAAAAUCUAAAGAAUUGAACAAUUACGGAGCGUUCCGUGACCCUAGACCCUUCAGAGAUUAUCGAUUCCAAAUUCUCGUCGCCAUUGUCAAAUACCGCACCGUUCUUCAAAAGGUUCGCAAUGGCCUCUGUUCCCGUUAUCUAGCCACUCUUCCCAAAGGAACAAAUCUCACGCUCCAGUACAAUGCGAACCCUUCUUUCUAUAAAGCACCCCCGCUCCUGCCAGACCUUCCCCUCAUCUUGGUCGGUGCAGGCACGGGAAUAGCACCUCUACGAUCUUUGAUUUUACAACGCCUCAAAGAAAUCGAAAGAAGAAAGGAUAUGGUCCAGUUCGGAAAAGUCCAUCUUAUAUAUGGUGGACGCAAUCGCCGCGCAGAUUAUUUCUACGCUGAUGACUGGGAAUCGGCCCAAGCAAAAGAUUAUCUACAUGCAAGUCCAGUAUUCUCGCGAGAUCAAAAACAGAAAAUUUACGUUCAAGAUGAGAUUGGGGCACAAGGAAAGGAGAUUGCAGAUUUGCUCGUGAGUCAAAAAGUGUUGAUUUAUGUUUGUGGUAGCUCAGGUGGUAUGCCAAAGGCUGUAAGAUGUGCUUUCUUAUUUGCCUUGCAAAUGCAUGCAGGAAUGAGUAUGGAGGUAGCGGAGGAUCUCAUCUCGAAUAUGGAGAGGUUGAAGAGAUAUAUACAAGAGACUUGGUAGAGGAUGAUCUUGUAGGUAGAAAUUGAGAAGAAAUAGUGCUAUGGAUUGACGUGUAGUAAUUAUUGCGGAAUGCUUCAAAUGGUGCGAAGAUUAUAUUCCCGUAAUGAAUAGAUGAGUUGAAAGCUGCUAAAACGGAUCACGAUGCAUAAAUUCCAAGAUCUUUCACA